AUGUUACUGUUAACAUUUCUUCUUAUACAAUCGAAAAUCCAAUGGAUUUCUACUGAUGAUGAUGGUAGUAGUUUUCCAAAAGAUAUGAAUUUACAUGUUACAUUUCCACCUAUUCUCGAACGUCAUGAGUCGAUGGCACUCGGUCACCUUCGCCCAUUAGGCUGGCAACGACGUGCUGAAUCGCCCAUACUAGAAGAUUCACUUAAAAUAGAACCGGCGCGUUUUUAUCAUUUAUUUAUUCAAGGCAAUCGUUCAGUUGCUUUUCGUGGUAUGGUGCCAGCAUUAGAUGUUUUAUGGACAGAUAGUUAUCUAUCAAAACGUUAUGGACACUUAAAUAUUACUAUUGCUAAACGAAAACAACGUCUUGUUGAUACACUAGUCUUGCUGCCAUUCAAAAUAUUUCUUGAGCAAUAUCGACAUGAUGAUUUAUAUAUGAACACAAUUAUACCUGAUGAAAUGAAAUCUGAAACACCAUUACCAUCAUUGAUUAAUUGUGGAACAUUUCGUAAUCGCUUAUUAGAACCUGUUCUUUGGAUAAGUGCUGGUGAUACGGCAUCACUUUUACUUGCACAUUCGACAAAUACAUUACAUUGCGUAUUGGAUGGUCGAAAAGAUUUUAUUAUUUUUGAUGUUUCAAAUCAGUAUCCAAAUGAUCUUGAUCUAGUACGACAAUCCAAUGGUGAUCUUUAUUCUCGUAUUGAUGUAGAUUUAGUUAAUGCAUAUAAAUAUAAACGUUUACAUAAUCUACCGUGGUAUUGGGCUACCCUACGUGAAGGUGAUUGUCUAUUUAUUCCAGCUUAUAUAUUUCAUCAAGUACGAGCACAUGGUAGAACCAUAGCUUUAUCUAUUGAUAUGUCACCGAUCGAUACUCGAGAAGAUUUUAAUGGAAAUGAUUGUGAAAAAAAUCCUCCGAUUUAUGUUCCAUUGAAUAAAGGAAAAUUUCUAUGGAGAUAUGAACACGGUACAAGACAUUUAUCUAAACAAACAAUUACUAAUGAUGACGCACGUCAUUAUUUGUUGCUUUUACUUGGUACAAAUGAUCAGUUGUAUAAAGAUAUAUUUCUUGAAUUUUUUCGUCAAGUAACAUAUGAAUUAGUAAAAAAAGAUACAACAUUACCAACAGCAGAUGAUAUAUGGGCACAAUUAAGUAACGAUGAAAAUAAUCAAGAAUAUAUAAGUCGUAGUCGUUUAAAAAGUGUAUCAUCAAAUGUUUUACAAUUAUUAGUUGAUGUCCUUCAAAAAAGUGUUCGAAUUCACGAAUAUGAUAAAUCUGAACUUUGA